CAUUCGCGGUUAAACCCCAUCGUUGAAGAAGAAGAGGCCAUAACACCAUAGGAGAAAAUUAGCAAUUUUUUGUGUAGUAAAGAAAGACCCACAGCCCGAACUAAAUUGGCUCCUCAACUCUCAUUCGACUGAAAAUGUCUAAACUACAGUCGUUUCGUGUGUUUUUAAAUGAGCGCUUAACGGAGGCUGCUGUGGAGAUUUUUGGUGCAGUUGAGAAAGCGGUAGUGGAGUACCAGGAGGAGAAUGAUCGGCUACGGAGAAUGCUGCGAAUCACACCGGAGAUAAAACUAUGUGGAAUAGGCUCCCUGCAGCUCUCUCUUGCUGUCGCUGAAGAGGCGGUUCCCCCUGAGCAGCAGCAAUGUGAGCAGGAGUGGAGCCACAGUCUGGGGCAGGAGGACCCAGGGCACACACAGAUUAAAGAGGAACAGGAGGAACUCUGGACCAGUCAGGAGGAAGAACAGCUUCAAGGGCUGGAGCCUGAUAUCAUAGAGUUCAAAUUUAUUCCUUCCUGUGUGAAAAGUGAAUGUGAUCAGGAGGUCUCAUUUCAGUCGUUAACUCUUCCCCUAACCCAGACUAUGGAGAACAGAGAGUGUGACUCUACACCAGUGGAUCUCAAACCUUGUGGCACUGUUACCAACCUAAAGGGUCUUGACAUUCCUUGUGACCGUCCAAGUGAUCAAAACAAUGCCUCCGGCCACAGCUCAGCGGUAAGCAGCCACCCAGUAGGACUUUACAGCAGCCCACCAAUGGAUGCCAACGCACCAUUGGGGGAACGCCGUUCUAAACCCAGCACCACAUCUAUACAUAUUCACUGCUGCCAUGACUGUGGUGAAAAAUUUGCUCUGAAAGCUGACCUGCAGAGGCAUUUGACUCACCCCAAGAAGAGUGAAUGCCGCUUAUGCAAAAAACACUACAACUCCACCUGUAAACUGAAGACCCAUGUUCGACUCUGUCAGGGUGGGAAACCCUGCCUUGUUUGUGGCGAGACCUUCAGAUACAAAGGAGAUCUGUCCAGGCACAUGAAGACUCACAAAGGAGAGAAACCAUUCAGCUGUAGUGACUGUGGGAAAAGUUUCAAUCGCAAAGAGUACCUAACCGAACAUAUACGGACUCACACAGGAGAGAAACCAUUUAGCUGUGGCGUCUGUGGGAAAACCUUCAGUCAAAGGGGAGCCCUGGGGAGGCAUAUACGGACUCACACAGGAGAGAAACCGUUUAGCUGUGGCGACUGUGGGAAGAGAUUCCGGCAGAAGGGUGACCUAGGGAAGCAUAUGUUGACGCACACAGGAGAGAAAAUAUUUAGCUGUGGUGACUGUGGGAAAUGUUUCAGUCGCAAUCAUACUACCUGAUCAGUUACGGACUCAUACAGAGGGGAGCAGUCGUCACAGCUAAACGGUUUAAGGGUGGAGGCAUAUAUUGACUCACACAGGUGAUAAGCACACGGUUGCUCAGUUUGUGGGUGAACAUUCAUUCGUAAGGCUCAUCUGCUGAAACAUGUUUAUCAAGUCCACGAAGAAAGAAAUCAGGACAAAAGCGGAAAGAAAGAAAAUUAGGACAUAACGUCUUCUGUCAGAUGGGAGUAAAAGUUCAAGUUUUUAAGUUUUUGUCAUGUGCACAGGAUAAGAAAAAAGAAGAAAACCCGCACACUGCUCUGGCUAGUAUCAUUGCUCUUUAUUAAGCUUUACGUGUCAGCCUCAAGGCCUUCGUUAGAGCUUUGAGGCCGAUACGUAAAGCUUAAUAAAGAGCGGUGAUACUAGCAAGAGCGGUGAUACUCGCAAGAGCAGUGUGCGGGUUUCUUCUUUGAUCUUAUCUUAUUCAACUGUUACCAUGCACCUGCAACAAAGAUGGCGCAGAUGUGCGAGUGCCUUUUUAAAAUUUAAAUGCACAGGAUCUACAUGGUGUACAAUAAAAUGCUUACUUGCAGGUUCACCUCCUUGACAAUGCAACAACAAUAGAAUACAAGUAUAACAAUAAUACAGAUAAAGGCUCAAUUGAAUAACAAUCAAAUAAAUAUAAAUACAAGGAGGCCACUCAAACAAAUUUACAGUAGAAUAUUUACACGUGUGUUAGGGGAGGGGAAUGUGUAGAGCAAAGUGUUGAAUUGUGCAAUAGUUAAGCAAUAAUUAGUUGAUGUUUAGUAGUAGCAGCAGUCAUGGUGUAUAUGCAUGUGUGCCAAGGUGUGGCGAGUCGGUGCAAAGGAGCUGUUGGUGGUCAGUGCCAGUUCAGGUGUUCAGCAGUCUGAUGGCUUUUGGGUAGAAACUGUCUCUGAGCCUGGCGGUCCCGAGACACAACGCUCUGAUACCGUCUGCCCGACAUUUAAGGGAGCGAACAGUCAGUGGCUGGGAUGUGUGGGGUCCUUGAUAAUAUUACGGGCCUUUCUCGGGCACUGCUUGGGGAAAACGCCCUGUAUGGGUGGGACCACGGUCCCAAUGAUGGACUGGGCCUUCUAGACCAGAGUGGUGGUGUUGACCGUUGUGAAAAAAAGUACUACUUAAUCACUACACAAAACAUAUUUGUGCAGUAGUGACUAUGUGUAGACUUGUAGACUUGUAGGAAUUGUGUAGUCAAAAUACUAUAGAGUCAUUACAAUGUCUGUUCAAUAGUCAGAGCUUCUAGUGCUUGUUUGUAUAGUGAAUAAGUAGUUACGAAACUUCAGCCAGACUACGGCGUUUUUUUCAGUAGUGAUCAGGGCCCGGUUUCCCGAUUAGCGUUGGAACCUAGGCUUAACGACAGAUGUCACGCCCGUUUCCCAAAACGCAAUGCAGUGCACUCGUUACGAAGUGAAACCUAACUGUCAUUACCGGAGCUUUCCCGUGCUGAAAAUGAUUCCAGAAUAUAGGCUGAAGAGCUUUCCAUGUGUUAUGUAUCCUAAGUGUUUUCUUGUGCUAUUUUGUAUACCAUGUUUGAUUUAUGUCAAAUCUGCAUUUCUUCAGUUUGUGUAACUGAACAAGAACGAGUGAAGCCGAAGGUCAGUCGCUCGCUCGUUCCCCUCGGUCGCCAUUUUAGAAAAUAUCAAGGUGACCUAAAAGUAGGAUAUGAUAACAAUGGUUCUUGUAAUUGCUCAACAAACCAUUGUAGCCUAAUGGCAGGCAGUAAUUGGGCUUCAAGUAGGUCUACAGAUAUUCUAUAAUUAAACGUGAAGUAGCAAGUUAAGCGACGUUGUCAUAAGACCUAAUAGGUUAUUGGUUAAGCUACAGUGAAAUGUGUGAGCUAUUAGAUAACAGGACACUGUCGGCCUAAUAGAUACGCAUGUUGGAGCGGCUCAGAUGUAACCCGAUGGCUGAAUACUAGGUAGUUCUAUUGAUGACAUCCCUUUCAUGCAUGUCCAAAACGGUCUUAGCUGUUAGCCGUUGUCAGAGGUGUAUUGUGUUUAGCCUAGCUGUUUGCUAGCCCCAUUGAAAUGUAGAAAUGCAGCCUCUGUUUUCGUUACGCUGGCUAGCUAAUAAGUAUGUGUUUUGUAUGCAAAUGUACUGUAAGCUCAUAAGUAUUCUUACACAUUCUACUUACCUAUUUUGACCAGUUGCGAAGGAGGCCCUCGACAUAAGACUAGAGGCCAUUGUUGGUAGGAUUAACAUUGUUUAUCAUGGUUGUUUUUUUUUCAUUUCAUUUUCUUAUUUGACCUCUGUGAGCAGAUCAUUGAUAAUGGUUAAUAAUUGGUUGUUUCGUGUGCAUGUCUUUUUUUUUUAAUAGAAAAUCAAAUAUAAACUCUGGAUGUGGAAAGCUGAGGUUCUAAGUAGAAUGACACAAUGUACAGGAAAUUGUGUACGAUGCAAUAUGUAUGUCUAUUAUGAAAAACCUACUUCAUUUAAGCUAAGGGCCGCAGAAUGAGCAGUGAUGCUCCUUGGGUUGUACACUGUGGAUUUGGAAACUAGCGGUGCCCCUGAGUAGAAUGGGCCCCCCUUUUACUGCAACACGAUGUACAGGAAAUGGUGUGCUACGGAGCAGUAUGUCCAAUAUGAAAAACUUACUGAACAUCGUACAAUGCGAAUGGGCUAAUUAACAAUAGGAUUUAAGUGUUUUCCAAAGUUGAUUAUUAUAAUAUUGUUAUUACUAUUAAUAGCAGCAUUAAAUGUUUUGUUAUUUAUAUAAUUAAUGUUUUAUAUAUUUAUAUAAUUAUCUACAAUAGAAAUCAUUACUUUUAAUGUUGUUAGUCCUAACAAGAAUGUCAAUGCUAUAUUAUUUGUGCUUUAAAAGGAGAUUAAUUUAUCAUUAAAUAUAUGGGGGAAAAAAUCUUCCCUAAAUGUUAUACAUUUCGACCAUUUGUAUUUUUCACCAUUGCGGGACUUUUAUUUUGGAGGAAAAUUGCUGAGGUCAUGGUCUUACACCAGAGAGAGAACUGUGGAAUAGGUGUGUAUGUACAUCUACUGAUCGCUAGCUAUAGUUCUACUCUAUUAAUAAACUGUUCAGGGUAACAAUGAUCACUAUUUCAUCCAUUUUACGGAACAGUUUUUUUUAAUAACAUUUAAAUGUCACAAAAAACUAUUUGAAAUGGAAUAUACUCUGGCUUGCUGAGAAAUCAACUCCACACAUACAAUGGAGAACGUGUGUGUCGUAAACAACACUAGUGGAAUCAACAGUUCAUCUUCAAAAUUAAAGUCCCCGAUUUGAAAUGGAUGAAAAUAUUGGUGUAACAUUGCAAAAAUGUUACAUAAAAUCAAUAAAAGACCAUUAGUUAAUUGACAAAAAAAAAUGUCAUCUGUUGAAAUCGUACUGUGGAUGUAUAGACUUCAGAAUUGCAUUGGGGGCAUACUUACAGUGCCUUCAGAAAGUAUUCACACCCCUUGAACUUUUCCACAUUUUGUUGUGUUACAGCCUGAAUUUAAACAUUUUGACCUACACACAAUACCCCAUAAUGUCAAAGUGGAAUUAUGUUUUUACAAAUUAAUAAAAUAUUAAGCUGAAAUGUCCUGAGUCAAGUACUCAAUCCAUUUGUUAUGGCAAUUCACUGAUCGACUUGGGGAUCUUUCAGAUAAUUGGUCAGAAGUCAAAAUGAGCUUAACAAGUCACAGAAGUUGCAUGGACUGACUGUGUGCAAUAAUAUUAUUUAACAUGAUUUUUUUUAUGACUACAUCACUGUAUCCCACACAUACAGUGAGGGAAAAAAGUUUUUGAUCCCUUGCUGAUUUUGUACGUUUGCCCACUGACAAAAAUGAUCAGUCUAUAAUUUUAAUGGUAGGUAUAUUCGAACAGUGAGAGACAGAAUAACAACAAAAAUCCAGAAGAACGCAUGUCAAAAAUGUUAUAAAUUGAUUUGCAUUUUAAUGAGGGAAAUAAGCAUUUGAUCCCCUCUCCAUCAGAAAGAUUUCUAUCAUUUUCGAUCAACGGAUGUCAUUCUAAAUUGUUUUGACUUCUAUGAUUAAGCAAUAAGGCCAGAGGAAGUGUGAUAUAUUGGCAAUUUACCACAAACCCCUGAGGUGCCUUAUUGCUAUUAUAAACUGGUUACCAACGUAAUUUGAGCUGUUUUGUCAUAUCUGUGGUAUAGGGUCUUAUAUACCACGGCGGUCAGCCAAUCAGCAUUCAGGGCUCAAACCACCCAAUUUGUGUUUGCUCAUGUGCAUAACUAUAGAUAAAUCCAACAGGAGAGUGUGCUUGAUGAAAGUUGGACCGAUCUUUGCGCAAGAAACACUUGGAUGAACUUCAAAACAUGAAUGUUGGGCAAUUUUUGGACAAUUGUGCCAGUAUUAUGUGCCAGAUGUUAAGACUACAAACCCUUAUAUAUUGCCUAUUGGCGAGAUUUACUUGUUAUUCCAAUAGGCAUAGGCUAUUGACUAAAAUCUGGGUUUAUAAUUGUCAUUCAACUUUGCCAUGGUUUGCUGAGCUAGAUAAAGGUAGCCUAUAGCCCCUGAUAGGGCAACAUCGAAUUUCAGAGAAAAGUCCACAAUGAAACUGACAUUAAAUGUGGAGAAUGAUACAUUUGCGAUAGAGCUGUAACCAUGAUCACAAUUGAUAACUUCCAAUUUAAUUAACUGAACAUGACCAUGAAGAAUUGCAUGAUAACACAAGGCUACAACAACAAACUUGAGUUAUAGGCUAUUUACUCAAUCUUUUUGCCAGCUCCAGGUAGGCUACACAUGUGGCACAAAUUUAUUUGCAAUGACUCCAGUGAUAUCGUCAUUUCAACCAACUUCAUGAGGUAGUCACGUGGAAUGCAUUUCAAGGCACAUUAGAAUGAAUUGUGAGGUGAUUUUUCCACAGUUAAAAUCCCACAAUAAGAGCUACGAUGCCAGUAUUUGUGAAAACUCUUUAGAAUUGUAAUCUGGGUGGGUGUCGCUGAGUACCCCCAUUUCAUGGACCCAAGAUCCAUAGGUAAGGCUGUACAUAUAAAUAUGAAUGUUCAAUAGACAUGGUGAGCUUAAUGUUGCUCAUUUCGUAGUGGUUUCAGAGUCCUGCAUUAAGAGCCACAAAGCUAAUAUUUGUGUAAACUCUUUAGAAUUGUAAUAUGCAGGUGUCACCGAAUAGGCUGAUACCCCAUUGCAUUGACUUAAGAUCCAUAGGCAAGGCAGUACAUUGCGAUAUGAAUGCCCAAUAUACACAAUAGACUGAAUCGUGAGGUAAAAUCCCACAAUAAGAGCUAAGACGCUAAUAUUUCUGAAAACUCUUUACAGUUGUGUAUUGUUGGUGUUACUGAGUAGGCUGAUACCCCAUCUAAUGGAGAUAUGAUCCAUAGAUAAGGCUGUACAUUGCAAUAUAAGUAUGCUUCCAUUGCAAUUCUGAAGUCUAUACAUCCACAGUGUAAUUUAAACAGAUUUUUACUUUGUGUCAAAUUAACUAAUUAUUGUCUUGCUGAAUUUAUAUAACAACAUUCCAACCUUGUUUAGCAUUAUCUAGUCCAAUUGUUAUAUGAUUCCGCAAAUUGUAUCCGUUUGCAGCAGUUUCAAUAGGGGACUUAUUUCGAAGGCGCUCCGCCGAUUCCACUAUAGUUGCUCAUGCUAAUGUUGCUCACGACACACUGGUCAAGGGAGUUGAGUGGCAACGAUUGUGGGUGGACUGGAUCUCUGACUACAUCAAGUUGCUAUCAGUCAAUGCUUGUAAAAAUGUACAAUUUUAAACCCUUAUCAUGUACCUAUGUUUGCCCUGAUUAAAGUCUGGCCUUUCUUUGUUUGCUGAAAUCCAUACUUUUUAAACCUUUAACUACUUUGCUAGCAUGUUACCUAACCCUAACAUUAACCGCUAAAUCUAACCCUAACCCCUAGCAUAGCUAACGUUAGCCACCUAGCUAGACUAGCUAACGUUAGCCACAACAAAUGUACUGUAAUGUACACGAAUGCAUUAUGAAGAAUGAAAAUCCUACAAUACACAUGAAAUGCAUUGUGUAUAGAAUUGUGUUAUACUUCUUUGUCUGCCUGUCAUGAAUUUUGAAUAAGUAGGCUAAUUCGUGUCGAUUUCUCAAUAAGAUGUGAUGGUGUAAAGUAUAUUUUCACCCCCUGCUUGUACAGUAUGUGUGAAAUUCACUGCUGUUAUUCACUGUAUGUGAGUAAAUUGGUUUACGACCAAUUGU